AUUUUACUUUUAUUAAACUUUUUACUAAUUGCUCGUUGAGAUUGAUCGAAUUUGAAUUGUUAAAAAGUUUUAUUUAAAAUAUUGGAUAAAAAUAAAGAUAAUAAUAAUAAAGAUAGGAAGAAAUAAUUUAUUCCAAAUAAAUUUCAUUUUUUCAAAAAAUAUAUGAUCCAUAUAUGAUUCGAGUUAAAGUUUUCAAAGUAAUUCAAGUAAUGACCACAUGUGGUGCACCGAUCGCCAUUGCGAAUCAAUGAGAGCGAGUCGAGCGUUGAAUGAAGUGUAGCAAAGUUAUUUCGCGUCCGAUAAAUCUCGACUCAGUCGACGGAGCUCUCGAUUGUGCGUACAUUGGCAAUCGUGGCCACUAUCGAUAUCGGGGCCACGCACUGCCAUCAGAGUAUAGAAAGUGCUGCUACGGAUGUUGAACAGGUGUCCCCACUUCGAUACUCUAACCUCGGCGCUGCUUUCAGUGGCUCUGCAGUGUCGGAUGUACACGUAUGUGCGACGUACGGGAUGUGCACCUGGAGGCGUUCUUGUUACUAGGUCAUAAGAGGUGCGUAUCAAUGAAAUUCGUGCUAAUCAACCGUUGCUCGCAGAAAGUAGACACGUCUACAGUCACGGGAACAGACCGCGUGUGUGACAUCGUACGCCGUCGUGUUAAGUGCAUUCGACGAGAAGUUUGACCGAUUGUCCGCUGCUCGCACCUGGCGUCUCUCGCCAGUCUGAUCCAUCGUCGUGUGUGCAUUCCGCGUCCUGCUUUCCUUUCGUACUCUACACGAACAAUCGUGCUUCGCGAACGUUUCGUGUUGACGUGUAUAAGAUUACAACAAUCGCAAAACGUCCGGGUUCACAGUGACAUAUUGAUAUCUUGUUACGUGCCGCGAUGAAUUCCACGUUGCUAUUACUGUGGGUCUAAUAACAGACUACUGUGGCGUAUAGAGCACGAAUCCGACGGACAUUCAUAAUUUUAUGUUGUGCUCAAAACGAAACAACGUCGGGUGAACCAGAGGCUGACCAAACACCGAUCGAAAGAACGCGCUCUCGAGCAGGAUAAAACUGGUUUAUCGAUACUUGGACGAGAAACCUUUAAAGACAGCUCGUUACGAUGUAACGAGAAUGGUUCACGACAUUCGACCCACACAGUCAUGGUUUUCAACAAGUCACGCAGCUCUUUUAUGAUUGGAUUUGUAACACUACGUGCUUGAACAUUAGUCUUGCAUAUAUUCGAGCCAUAAAGAAAAAAGUUGGCCAGCCGGUGAAAUAGCCUCCUGUCAAUCAAAAACAUACGAAAUAUGGCACAAAACUGUCUUUGUUCUACGUACUCGAAAUCGUGCUUCGACCAGGACGAAUCCGUAGCUUUUUCUGCCCAUUCAUCCGGUGUAAUAUUCAUGGUGCAACGGCGAGAAUACUCGCACGAAUCAUGCAUAAACGCAAGAAUGCGCUCACUGUGCGCUAGUUAUCGGAGAAUUUUGUUCUUUUGCUUUAUUUUUUUGUUCUGUAAUAUAUAUAGAUAUAGAUAUUCUUUGAAUACAAUAUUUGAGCUUCUAUAUAGAAAAUUUUUUUUUAAAUUCUGGUAUAAUUACACAGAAUAGUGAAAACAAUCAGGUAAUUUUGUGUUUUUUAGUUUUAUGAAAUUUUUAAUGAAAACUUUUAAUAAUCGUAGGAUAACAUAAAAAUUAAAAAUUAAAUUAAAAUUAAAAUUAAAUUUGAAGUAAUAUGAAGUAUAAAAAUGGAAAGAUUAUGAUAAACUCGAAUAUAAUAUUGUUUCAAUUUUAUAAAAAUUUGAAUGACAAAGUAAAAGAUUUUAAUAAUUGUAGAAUAAUUCUAAUCUUGAAUUUAAUGAAAAGACCAUCUCGUGAUGAUAUAAAAAAAUUAAAAAAAUCAUAAUAAAAAAAUUAGAUAUAAUUUGGAAUAUAAAUUAAAUCGAAUUAUAUUGUUUAAAUAAUAGAAUGAAAAAUUGUAUAUAAGUAAUACUGAAUACUGAAAUAAAUAAAUAAAACGUAAUAAUUCUAGGAUAAUAUUACGGUGAAAAGUUACAAUGUACUGAAUAACACGAAACUUGAGUUGCAAGGAAGAUAAAAUAGCAUCGUAAGAAAUUACGACGAACUUUAAAGCAAUAUUUGAAUUAAAAUCUUUCGUAUAAAAAAAAAUUAAAAUGACGACAUCGAAUAACAUACGAUACAUUGCACCAUAUUGCACAAUGAAGUUUAAUAAAGUUUAAUAAAAAUAUCUUUAAAAUAAUUCAAUUUAUAAUAUUUAUAUAUAUAUAAAUACAUUGAAAAAAAAAUAUUUUGAAUUCCAAUUAAAUAUAUUACAUAAUAUCCGUAUGUACAAGCCAAGAAACGAAUGGAAACGAAUCGAUAAUGGUAAACAGUCUCCAUAUAUUAUGCAUCUGAUAAAAUAAACGGUCUCGCGUGACUUCCGGCUCGAUUGUACUAUACAAGAGCUCUUACACAAGUCGAAACAACGUUUAGACUGACUUACAGAAUGGCUGAAAACAAAUAGAUAUGGCAAACCAAAUUAUUUACGUAAUAUAUUGAAAAAUUUAUUGAAAAGAGACUAUGUAUGCAGAUUUAAGAAUAUAUUUCAUCUAUUUUGCCGCAAAACCGAUGAUGAUACCGUUUGAGGAUGAAUUUCAAGCUCGUUUAAGAGGGUUGAGCUUGCUGGAAGGAUUAGUCUCGCGAGGGUCGAAGUUUGUUGGGUUUGGCGGCUUGUACAAAAGGGAAGGAGGUGGUAAAGGAGUUGUUGCAUUGUAUCAUGAGAUUCCGAUACGUCGAUACAGAUGUUUUGGUUCGUGCAAGACAACCAACUACGAUCAAAGGAUUAAGCAAGGAAAUUAAAUCGAAAGUGAAUUUGUUGUCAGUUUAAACGAAUAAUUGGUUUAAAUGGUUUCUUAAAAUUAGUAUAGUGAUAUUUAUUGAUGAAAUUCUUAAUGUUAUUUAAGACGAUUGAAUUAAAUAAAAUUUAAAAAAGAUCACGGAAGUCUCGGUCAACGUAGUCAUGUAAAUUCAGUGGUCCACAAGAGCACAGUGGUGGCUGAUCUCCUCUUCAGACUCGGGUAGCCGAACGGUUAGUUGAACGGCCGGGUCCCAGAAUACGGCCUGGUCUAACAGGAAGCUUGUCGCGCCUCCAACCGCGAAGGAUCGGGUGAUGAGCUCAGGAUACCAGGCGACCGGCCCCAUCACAACAUGUUCCGUUCCAAGAUUCGCAUUCACACAUGUCAAGUGAUACUGCUCACGUCCCUGGUAUGGUUCCUGGUGGAUGUGAUGGUGCUGAUGCUCUAUUCGGAUUGUAUCGGAGGAUCCGGAUGGGGUUGCACGGAGAACGGCAAGCAGCAACAAUCGCUCACUGAGGAAAGUUUGCCCCAUUUGAAGAUUGAUUUAAAAGAAGAGGAACAGAUCCAGCCGGUUGGCCAGCAGAAUAAGAAACGGUACAAACAACCGGAACUGCAUUUGUGGAGACCAGCUAGGGUAGUUAGGGAUAACAAGGGGAUACCCGGCGAGAUGGGCGCGGCGGUGCACAUCUUGCCGGAAGAUGAAGCAAGGCAGCAGGAGCUCUUUAAAUUGAAUCAGUUCAAUUUGAUGGCGAGCGACAUGAUAUCGUUGAAUCGGUCCCUCAAGGACAUAAGGCUGGAGGGAUGCAAGACGAAGAAGUACAACAAGUACCUGCCGGAUACUAGUAUCGUGAUAGUAUUCCACAACGAAGCGUGGAGCACGUUGUUGAGGACCGUUUGGUCUGUCAUUAAUCGAUCUCCGCGCACGUUGCUCAAGGAGAUCAUAUUGGUAGAUGAUAAGAGCGAGCAAGAUCACUUGAAGCAAGACCUGGAGGACUAUGUAAAAACGUUACCAGUCCCUACAUAUGUAUACCGUACUGAGAAGAGAUCGGGUUUAAUCAGAGCCAGACUUCUUGGGGCGAAACACGUGAAGGGGCAAGUUAUAACGUUUUUGGACGCUCAUUGCGAAUGCACAGAGGGUUGGCUGGAACCUCUGUUAUCUAGAAUCGCUGAAGACAGAACCACUGUUGUCUGUCCCAUCAUUGAUGUGAUUAGCGAUGAUACUUUCGAAUACAUUCCAGCUAGCGAUAUGACGUGGGGUGGUUUUAAUUGGAAAUUGAAUUUUAGAUGGUAUAGAGUGGCGCAAAGAGAAAUGGACAGAAGAUUAGGAGAUAGGACAGCUCCUCUAAGAACACCAACAAUGGCCGGCGGAUUAUUUUCUAUUGACAAAGAGUAUUUUUACGAAUUGGGAGCGUACGAUGAGGGCAUGGAUAUUUGGGGCGGUGAAAACCUCGAAAUGAGCUUCCGGGUAUGGCAAUGCGGUGGGACAUUAGAAAUCAGUCCAUGUUCUCAUGUUGGACAUGUGUUCCGAGACAAGAGUCCGUAUACAUUCCCUGGUGGUGUCAGCAAAGUAGUUCUACACAAUGCGGCUAGGGUGGCCGAAGUCUGGAUGGAUGAGUGGAGAGAUUUUUACUAUGCCAUGAAUCCAGGAGCUCGAAAUGUAGCUGUUGGAGAUGUAUCUGAAAGAAUUAAGUUAAGAGAACGUCUUAAAUGUAAAAGCUUUAGAUGGUACUUGGAAAAUAUUUAUCCUGAAUCUCCAAUGCCACUGGAUUAUUAUUAUUUGGGUGAUGUACAAAAUGUUGACACACAAACUUGUUUGGAUACAAUGGGUAGAAGAACAGGUGAAAAUGUUGGAAUUAGUUAUUGUCAUGGAUUGGGUGGUAAUCAAGUGUUUGCUUAUACUAAACGACAGCAAAUUAUGUCUGAUGAUAUGUGCCUUGAUGCAGCUAGUCCCCAAGGUCCUGUCAAAAUAGUACGAUGUCAUGGUAUGGGUGGAAAUCAAGCAUGGGUUUAUAAUGAAGAGACGAAGAUGAUUAAACACACUAAUACAGGACACUGUUUGUCAAAACCUCGUUCGAAUGAUGCAAUGCAACCUGUUUUAGCACCUUGUGAUCCGCAUAACAUCGGUCAAAAAUGGACCAUGCGUAGUAAAUUCAAAUGGCAAGCCAGCUAAUAUGAGGUGUUUCUAAGUGCAACAUUUAUAUGUAAUACUUGUUGAUCUAUUUAAUAUUAAUUCAAGAACUGAUAUUCAAGAAACUUCCGUAUUUUGAGGAACCAAGGAAAAGACUAGUAUUAUACUCCGUAAAAACAAUACAGUAUCAUGUUUUGUCGACUUAUAAAUAUCAGCGGAGUUAAUCGUGAUCGUAAACGAAAAACUGAAAGAUUGAAGUUAAUGCUUUUUAGUUACAUAGGAUUUAUUUACUGUUAUUAGCAGUAUUGUGUAUUUACUGCCAUUUUUCAUGGUAUGCCUUGAUUAAUAAUGCACAAGUGUUAAAAGAAAAAAACUAUUCCAAUUGUGCGUGCGUACAAGUGAUACGAAAAGAGACGUAUAUGAACGUUCUUUUUUUAUUUUUUUUUUUUUAAAGUAAACAGUAAAGAGUAAAGCAUAUCAGACCACUGUUAUAAAUAAAUAAUUGUUAAUACAAAAAAAAAGAGACAUAUUUGAUAAUAUGGGAUGAGUGCAAUGCUGGAUGACUGGAAGAUAUAUCAGUGCAUUGAAACACAGAUAUAUUAAUGGCAUAAAUGAUACAUUACUACAGAGAGUGAAUGUUGAAUUGCAAGUGGUAUUAUUGUGACACUAUCGAUUACGAUUUAGAACUUGUAUUGUACAAUUUUUGUAGCAAUUAGGGAAGAGCACUGAAUCUUUUUAUACUGAUAUUUCUAACAGUUCCUUGUUGCAUCUCGUUCAUAUGAUUUAGUUGUUAUUUUCUUUUUAUUCGUUUAAAUGGAUGAAUGUACUUAUACCUGAAUUCGCCAUAGCAAUAUGAGAUUAACAAAAUAUCGUUUAAGAAUAUAAGAAAACUAUCGACUGUUAUUCACUGUACUGUUAUAUUUUAAAUAUUUUCUUAAAUUCAAGACAAAAAAUGUCUUCCGUAUUUUCUUAACAAAAAAAAAAGCUAGAUAUUUUUAUGAUAUUCCUAAUAUCUUAUAUAGUUAUAAUUCUUCAUAGAUUCAGGCCCUUUUUGCUUUUUACACAUUUGAAGCGUGCCGAAAAUAUAGAGUGCAAUAUCCUUGUUAAAUAAGAAACUAUGGAAACAAUUCCCUGUAACUAAUGUAAAAAAUAAUUAUAUAAUGUAAUAAUUGUUAUCAGAUUCUGGCGCCCUUCCCUUACAUUAUUAUAAACUAAGAUUAAAUAUCUUUCAUAUUUCAAAAAAAAAAAUGAAGAUAGUCAACAAAAUAAAAUAACAUUUCUGAAAAA